GAUAGGACAGCUUUGUAGAGUAACACUCCCCCCUCCCUCCUCUCUCUCUUCUCUAUCUCUACAUAUCUCUUUCUGUUUCUCUAUCUCUAUAUCUCUAUUAUAUGUCUAUCUCUAUCUGUAUUUUUUUUUUCUUCUCUCUCUCUCUCUCUCUCUCACGCAUAUUCACAGAGGGGGAGGUGAAUCGUGCUGUUAAUGGUACAAACCUGCUUUUUGGUGGAGAGAAGAACCUGAUGCCCCUUUUGAUGUGUGAGUGGGUGGUGCUCUUUUCUUAACUGCUGAUGGGUGAAGAAAAGGGCCAUCCUUGAAGUGGGUUGUUUUGAGUUUGAUGCUCAGUGGUGGUGGUGGUGGGGCUUGGAGUUUGGGAGAGAGGCUUAGCUAUAUUGUUAUGCUGACAAGGUCUAGUUGUGGAGGAGAUAGAAGUUCUUGUGACUGUUGUGGGCAAGACAGCACAAGAAAGGUGAAGCUUAUCAUCAGAUGUUAUCCAUUGAAAACCCUCCACCAGAUCCCCCAUGUCCUUGCGAAAUCUCUCACCUGAAAAGUUGCAGUGAUGAGAGGGCUUCUGAUAAGGUUGCCUUGCAAGAGGUGGAUCUGUUGAAGUCAGGCCUUGAUAGCUACAACCCACUCCCCAAAUUCUCCAUUAGAGAUUAUGUGUUUGGUUCCAGGAGCAAGGAUAUCAAGAACAGUUGGCCAUUUUCUCAGGAAAAUUUGCAACUUUGUUUGAAGCAUGGCGUGAAAGAUUUGCUCCCGCCUUUCCAGCCUCUUGAUUCUGUUAGAAACCGGGUUUUUGAGAGAUGCGCGGUUGAAACUAGUCUGAUUGGAAAGGAAAAUAUAAGCAAUUUUGAUGGGGAGCCUUCUGGGCCGAGCGAUCAUUUUGUAUCCAUGUCCUCUGAUCACACCAGUUGUGACAAGAAUCUAGCCCCGGAUUGUGUAAAUAUAGGUUUGAUUGGAUCUGAAGCAGGUAAAGAACUUGAAAGAAAUCAACCUCAUUCUGAGAUAAAUUCAGUUCCUACUGAUCUUGAAGCUACAGUUCCUCCUGUGUCCCCCAAAACCGAGAGCGAUAGCACAAACCAACCACCGGUUAAGAAGUGUAGAUUGAUAGUGAAAGUGGGUAGUGGCGAUCCUAGCUCAAACCAAGAUACUUCAGCAAAUUGUGUGGCAGUUCCAGAUACAAUGGCUUCGAAUGUGUGCCCGGUUUGCAAGGUGUUCUCGUCCCCUUCCAAUACUACCUUGAAUGCUCACAUUGAUCAGUGCCUUUCUGUGGAGUCAACUGUCAAGUGGACCGCGAAUUCUAGGGUAAUUAAGCAUAGAAUAAAGCCGAGGAAGACAAGAUUAAUGGUGGAUAUCUAUACAACAGCCCGACAUUGCACACUGGAAGAGCUUGAUAAAAGAAAUGGGACAAGCUGGGCCACAAACUCUUGCUUGCCUUCUCGCGAAACUGUGGAGCGUUCUGAAGAAGAAAAGCAAAGAGUUUCACCGGUUAAUUCCAAGGACAAGGGCCAUGAACGCGCAGUUUAUAUUGAUUCCAAUGGUACAAAACUUCGAAUUUUGUCAAUGUUCAGUGAUACAUCAUCAGUACCAAAAUUAGAAGCAGAUCCCGGUCCCAGAAAAAGCAAAUUGCUCAAAAAUCUCAAGAAAAGGCAUCAUGCUCAGAAACAUCACAAAUACCUGAAACUUGCUCCUCAGAGCAAAAAAUUUUGCACUUCCAAGGCCCGGCGUAUUUCUGAGGUUCAUGGAGAAUCUGGAGGGCGAAAAAGAAAUUUUGCAUCGGAAGAAAGUUGCAGGAAAGAGGAAAGACUGACACAGCCCUUCAAUGCUCAAGAUCAGAUCAAACCGAACAAUUCAGGAACUAUAACGAAAUGGGCAUGCUCUAAACGGACUGGUCACUUGAAAAGGCGCAACCGUAAGGAAGGCCCUCAGCAUUUGGGAGGUAACUUUAGGCAGGAAUUGCUAGUUGAAAGUGAUCAAUCAUCUUUAGGUGAGUCAUACAUGGAGAGAAGCCGUGUUCAAAAAACUCCAAACUCUUACGAGAGUCCACUUUCUUCUCCUGAAAGCAGCAAGAGAAUGGAGAAUUAUUUGUACGAAGCGCCCAUUAAUGAAUGUGAUGAGCCGCCACCUGUGAGAAAGAGAGUUGUAUUCAACUCAUUUGGGUCUGGCAAGCAGUUGAGAAAAGACGGCACAUCCGUGGAUGGAAGUUUCAAGGAUUUUGCAAGUAAUGGAGAAAACUAUGUUCCUUAUUUUGGCAAGGAACUAGUUGAGGUAAACGACAAUCCUGUAAACAAUAGUUCUCAAGUUGUUUGCUCAAAUCUGUCACGGAGUCAUCGUGCAUUCUCAUCAAAAUCCACAAAGUUAUCUUCUUUGAGGAAGCGCAUGUUGUCAGUCCAGCAGUUAUCUCUGCCUGAAUCCAAGUAUAAGGUGAAUAGGAAGUGUUUGUCCCGUAAGAAGUCUGGAGUGCGUUGCAUGCCAAAAAUAGAUAAAGGGGUUGUGGCAUUGGCUCCUGAAGGUGUUGAAAAACAUGAUUCUAUGGAGAAGCAUUUUGAAAGUCAAUCUAGAAUAGAAAAAAUCACUGGCAAAGUCUCUCUUGGAAGAGGCAGUGUUCUGAAAAUCAAAAAGAAGAGGCGAGCUUUUAGUAUCUCUGAGGAUGAGGAAUCCAUGGCUUUGCAAUCUGCAUCCGAGUAUCAGGGUGAUGAAGUACAAAAUGAUGAUUUAGCAGAUAGAUCUGAUGACAUAAAAUCCGGUGGAAAAGGGAUUCAAACUCAUGGGGACAAUAUUGUGACUGGAACAUCCUCGGUAUUGGAUGUUGGGCGAAAUGUUGCGAGUUUGAGCAAAUCGUUGGUUCCGGACUUUCACAAGCUGGCUAGUCCUUCCAAUGCCGUAACUGGGUCAUUGCAAUCUGCUGUAUUUAAGAGGUCUUUGUGUGGAGUUGAAACACCAUCAUGUCCUACUGAUCCAAGUUUGGGUGAUGAACAAGAGAUGUUUUGUGUGGAUGAGGUUGGCAAUACUAUGAUAACCCAAAAGACUGAUAUGGGGGCAGAAAUGGAUUCUAAUGAUGGGCAAAGAAAUUACUUCACUGAGGUUGAUCCAAUACCUAUUCCAGGACCACCUGGAUCAUUUUUGCCGAGUCCUAGGGAUAUGGGUUCAGAAGAUCUUCAAGGCAAUUCAUCAUUAACCACGAGCUUGGUUCAAACCUCUGAAGAUCACCAUGAUCUGGUUGAUAGAGAUUCAUCAGAUUCUCCGAUAUCUGCAAUGUCAACCAUUUCUAACUCCAUGAUUGCAAGAUCUGGUUCAAAAUCUUCAGAAAGACUGUCUGUAGGACCUCAUGUCACUCAAGAUGAGAUUACUGCUCGAGUUCCUCAUCCAGUGACUUUACAAGCCGAAAGAGUCAAUCCAGAUGAAUUGAAAGUCAACAUGAUCGUCCCCGAAAAGGAACCUAUCAGUUUCAGAAAUGAUCAGCCAUGUUGUUGCUUGCGGAAGGAGGGAAUGCCUCGGGGUGUUUCUUUAAAUUAUCAAGAGUCGCAACUUCUGAGAAGACGGACCAUGGCAUCAUUGCCCAUUCCUGCCAUGGGAAAGCAGCUGAGUUUGAACAUGCCUGAAGUGAUUUCUUGGGGCAAUUUCCCUAGUUCAGGAUCAGAAAAGGUGGUUUUCCCUGUCACGAAUUCAGUUGUAGCUCCCGUUUCUGUAAAAGUUGCUGCUGAUUCUACGCUUAAGUCCCCAAUUUAUGGCGAUUGUGAUUCUGCUAGUCCGUCUGCUUCCAAUCCUGUUCUCAGGUUGAUGGGGAAAAAUUUAAUGGUGGUCAACAAAGAAGAAAAUGUUUCCCCACAAUUUAGACCAGCCCAGUCAGGUUCUUUGAAUGACCAUCCAAAUCUGCAAUUCCGAACACUUUCUGGAGUCUCUCCUGGCAAUAUUCAAAGUGAGGACUCACGUUCCUUUCAUCAUAUGGCCCAUCAAUACCCUCCCACCUCCAGCCAGAACCAAUUCAACACAGGUUUUCAAGUCGAGCUGCCAAACAAUUUUGGAGGUCAUGUUUCUCAUUGGACAUCACAAAUAUAUUCUCAUGCUUCUGCAGGCACGUUUUUACACAAGAAUGUGGAUGGUGGUUUUGCACCAUCCUUGGAGCUGCAUGAAUACAAAGUUCGAUACAGUUUGCCUAAUGAUCAAAACAGAUCCAGAGACGGACUGUAUACUCCUUUGGCAUAUAAUAUGGAAAAAGUUGCAACAAUUUCAGAUACCCAACGCAUGCUUUGCAGAUUCUAUAACCAAUCCUGCGAAGGAGAUCAUCGUCAUUGACGAUACUCCUGAAAAGGAUGCUGAUGUACCAUAUUCUGAAGGCAUGAAGGAAAGUCGGGUAAGUUCAGCUGGCAUUUCUAUUCCGAUGGCUGCAAAUUAUCACUUAAGGCAUGUGAAUCCUUUUUAUAGUUAUCAGCCACAGGAUUCUUCUCCCUACAAUGGAGCGAGCGCAAGUCCAAUUAACUGGAAUUGUACUUCGGAAGGUUCCAAUGUCAUCAUUCCUCCGAGUUCUCUAAUGGCUUCAUCAUCAUCAUCCUCAACAGGUCAUCUGCGUUCUUCAUUGUAUUAUUCUCCGAACUUUUCAUAACCCACAAGCUUUGCUUCAACUUCUGCAUCAUCACAUGUGCCAUACCGGGUUUCGCAUCAAAAAUUGUGCUGAGACUGCGCAUAGUUCUUACUUGAUGGACUGACAUCGAUUUCCAAAUGGCAUGAAGACUGGUGGUUUCAUCGCAAAAACCUUCAAAAAGUUCAGCAGAUGAGUGUUCUUAAUUGCGUUGUCUUUGAUAAAGUGACUGCUAAAUUAUAUCAUAUGUAAAACUUGGUAGUUUUAAGCAGUUUUUUGAGGCUUCUGCAUAGACUAAUGUACAAGCAAAGUUUAAAUAAUAAAUUACCCUGAGAAACUUUUUUCCCAAUACAUGAAGAAUGUUCAUCUUUUCAACCUA